GCUGACUCCCCGACAGACAGAUUGAGAGAGUGAGGCGCAGCUCUGCACAUUAGAGAGCCAAAUUGCGGCUCAGUGCAAGGUGCAUCCCUGUCCUGCAGAGUCCCUGCGCAUGAGGACUGUAAUGUUUGGAUCACCUGGAAAUUACGAGAAACGUUAAUCCGGCAGAGACCUUUACUGCCCUGCUCUUGCUGGAGGGAAUUCGAAAGAACUGCUUAAAGAGGAAUUAGAGGAACAGAAAACCAAAGAAAAAAAGAGACAACUUUCUCUGAGGACUAAACUCAUACCGGAAGUAAACCUGUUAGCGACCCGGAGAAGGGUAGUGAAGCAUGCAGGGGUACGAGGUUGGUACCAGGCUGCACCACAGGCUGACUCUGGCCUCUGGGAUGCUGGAGUGUCUGUGCUUUGCCGGUGUUGUGUUUGGUUUCGCCUCUCUGGUGUUUGUGCUGAAGGAGGAUGGCUACUUCAGUGAGCUGUGUGUCAGUGCCCCAGGUAACAACAGCAACCUGACCAGUACAGACUGUAGUAGACAGGAUGAGCAGUUCUCUCUGAUCUUCACCAUUGCCUCGUUCCUCAACAACUUCCUGAGUCUAGUCAAUGGCUACCUGUUUGAUCGAUUUGGCACCAUGGUGACCAGGCUGCUGGGAAUAUCUUUGUACACUACUGGAACCGUUCUUGUGGCUUUCUCCAGUGCAGCAUUUUCAGAGCUGCUUUUUCCUGCCCUGUCCUGCAUCGCCGUGGGAGGAAUUCUGCUCCUCCUAACUAACAUGCAGGUGGGCAACCUGUUCGCUGCUCAUCGCUCCACCAUCAUCACUCUCUACAAUGGUGCCUUUGACUCCUCUGCUGCUGUGUUUCUCAUCAUCAAGGUACUGUAUGAACAGGGAAUCUCUCUCCACUCCUCCUUCCUUGUUUUGUCCUUCUGCAGCAUCAUACACCUGUUGAGGACCUUCCUGCUGAUGCCCAGAACCCACAUCCCCUACCCUCUGCCACAAUACUACACCUACGGAUUGAAUUGCAGAAAGGCCAACCCUUAUAAUGUGGAGCAGUUGGAGAGGAUGAGGGAUGGAGCGAUGACCGUUUCAGAGGAGUCCAGUGGGAGGGACAACGUGCCACCAGCACCUGAGGACGGGAUAGAGGCCCAAGACUCAGGAAAAGUGGCGAGUUUCCGAAGCUGCGUGCUGUCCUGGUUCUUCCUGUGGCACCUGUUGUGGUUGUCCGUUAUGCAGCUGAGGCACUACCUCUUCAUUGGCACGCUCAACCCCAUGCUCAACCGGCUGGCCAACAAUGACUCCAACCUGGUGAGUCAGUACACCAAUGCUUUUGCCAUGACCCAGCUGUGUGGAGUACUGUGUGCUCCCUGGAACGGACUCAUCAUGGACAGACACAAGGGAAAGCCUCUGGCUCCUGGAGAAACAGAGCAGGAGGCGGACCUGCGCUCCUCCUGCCUGUCUCUGUUCCUAACCUCCCUGCAGUGCCUCCUGUUCUCUGUGUGCGCCUCCUUUCCUUUGCUCCCGCUGCAGUACCUCACCUUUGGUCUACAGGUCCUCAAUCGCUCCUUCCUCUACGGGGGAAAUGCAGCGUUCAUUAGCAUUGCUUUUCCUGCCUGUCACUUCGGGAAGCUGUACGGCUUGGCAAUGUCUGUGUCCGCUGUUGUCUCGCUGCUGCAGUACCCCUGCUUCACCCUGGUCAAAGGACCUCUGGGUGGAGACCCCUUUUUCGUGGACAUUGCUCUGACUCUCCUCACUCUGCUGGUGUUUAUCCAUCCUGUCUACGUCUUCAUCCACUGCAGAAAAGUAGCCCGCCACAGAGACGACAACGCCCACACUGAGGUCGCUAAUGGCUCCAAAAUGGCUGAAGCCAAGUUAUAGUUAUUAGGAUAAUCAUACAAGUGUUUUAGUCUCUGUCAACUUCUAGACUUAAUUUUUCAGGUUGUCAAAUGAUUUUCUUGUAUAUUUUGUUUUUUUUAUUUAACCGAUAUCAUUUUAAAUGUUAUGUUUGUGAGAACAGAUAUGUCUUUUAAAUGUUUUGUACAUUCCAAAACGUGUUAAUAGUUAAAUAAAAAAUAUUAAGAGCUGUUUUUAAAUGUGAAUGUGUUUGACUGGGCUAAAUUUCAUUUCUGAGCUUUAAUGUGUUGUAAAGUAUAUAUGUCCACAUGUAUUUAUAUUAACCACAGGACACAAUGUACAGUACAAAUUUUACUGUACAGUGUAUAUACACAGUAUGUUUCAUGAUUAUAUUAAUAUGACCAGGUUAAAUAAUAUAUUUUAUUCUAAAAAAGUGACAGGUAUAUUUACAUUUACACUAAGACAUACAAAACAUUAAACGCAAAGAGUUCAAGGACAUCACAGUCUAAGA